AUGCCCAUUGGAGGACUUUCUAGAAAACGUGCAGGGGUAGACGUCAGCGGAAGAACAGCGAAAGGAAAAUUGUGCAAAGAUGAUGGCAUAUUGGUCGUGCGUUGGUCGCUGACCGAGUCAUUUUCAAAUCGAGGGAUUGAGAAAGCCCCUCCAUUCCAGAGUGUCUAUAAAUUCAAGGGUUUGGACAUCCCCCUUUUAGUCUAUAGCAAUCGUAUUCCAAUUCGCAAGCUUCAACCCGUCUCCAUAGUCAUCAUCCCAAACCCCCUGUUGAAAAUCAUGCAUCUUCUCCAAUCUUUAGCCCUAGUCGCCGCAUCCCUUACGCUCGCAAUCGCGCAACAAUCCACACCUCCCGCGAAUAUGUACGAUACGUUAGCAGCACACGCAAACAACCAAACCACCACCCAGGGUCAAACGUACGGAACCUUUUAUGGUCUCGCCCAACGUCUCUCCGACAUUGGCAAUGCUCUUAAACAAGGCAACACGAACCGGACUUUGUUUGCGCCGACUGAUGAUGCAUUCAGAAAGUUGAACGAUAGCGAUCCGACUGGUUACCAGGGUUUGGUGGCCAAUACGCAAUUGCUCACAAAUGUUUUAAAGUAUCACCUUUUGGCAAAGGAUCAGUACUUUGACCCUACGCGUGUCUCCGCCUACCGCGGAUUCUACGGUACCGAACUCGACAAGGGUCAAGUUGUCCGCAUCGACGUAAUCGACGGCAGGUUGAACAACGGCAGGACCACUUUGACCAACGGCGUAAACUCAUCCAGCACCGUCGGUACCAUCCCCGCCUCCAACGGUGUUAUUUACGGGAUUGAUUCGGUCCUCGUUCCUCCUUAUAGUUUCAACAGGACCCUAGCAUCCAAGGACUCGACCAGCGCCUUCCAAGCCUUGCUUCAGCAAGCUAACCUUACGACCAAGGCAGAUUCGCUACAAUACGUCACCAUCUUUGUACCAAACAAUGCCGCUAUACUGGCACUUCGAUCAACUGAUGCAAACCUCUCUGCAGCCAUUUUGUCAACUACACUCGACCUCCACAUUGUUCCCCGCGUUAUCUACUCCACGGAAAUUCCACAAACCGAUAACAAUCCAGUCAAUGUCUCGACGGCUGCUCCCGGUUUGAAUGUCACUGUUCGUAAAAGCGGAAACGACAUUUCGGUCUCAGGGCCUGGAAACCGAAUCCCAGCCAGGGUUGUCGAUGGAGACAUUUUGUUUGCGGGCGGUGUCAUUCACAUUAUUGACAGCGUAUUGCUCCCCAAUGUCAACGCGAAUGGAACGGUCCAAGGUCUCCAAGGUGGUGCAGGCAACCAGCCCGACACUCCUGUCCAGCCUAAUUUGCCACAGGACAACACGGCGCAAGGUCCUAUUGCUGGUGGUGGGGAUGUCAGCAACAUUAGGGAUGUCAGCAACAGUAAUAAUUUGAGGGGUGUCGGUGGUAACAGUGGCUCUGGCUCUGGCUCAAGCUCUAGCAGCGCGGGCAAAGCUGUAGAGUCGUCCUUUGGUGCUGUGGUGGCUAUGGCAGUGGCAAUGAUUGCCCUCUUGUGAGAUGCCUAUCAAGAGAUUCUAGUCUCGAGUCGUUCUCUAGGAGUGCUGUAUCAUAUUCCUUGACACUAGGUGUCCAAAUGUAGUUGUAAUAUAUGUCUCUGUAUCUAAGCUAAACAUUUUUUGCACUGCAUUUGCUACGUUUAUAAA